CUUGUGGCAGUACGAUCAUACCAGUAUUUUAUUUACUCGAUUCUGGGAUGUCAGUACGGUUGAUUUGAAACUGAACAGCUGUUUUUUGUGUUGGCUAGUGGCUGUACUGUAUUUCACGGUUUUGUCAGUAGUUGUGAAACAUAACCUGACGUCGGUUGGAUGACAGAGCACAGAGGAAUGAAGUAGGUUAAGUGCUAGAAUGCACGUUUCUGGUGAUGGCAGAUUGGAAUAGUUAUCAGCCUGAAGACAGCAGGUACCCUCCCAACUUCAACUAUUUUCCCAACAAUGGAAGAGGUAAUGUUCAUUCGUACAAUGGAUCUUCAGGAAUUUGGAGUUAUCCUUAUUCAAACGAUUAUUACGUGUCUCAAGGUGCGUACACCACGGCAGUGCCUGAUGUAAGCUAUGCACCUAUACCAGCACCUAUACCAGCACCUUAUCCAUUGUAUGAUCCUGUAUACGAAGUCGCCCCAACUGAAAGAAGUCUAGCUGUAGCUGCAGCAUCAUGCUUGCCACCAACAGCAAGAGAAUUCGUUCCUAGAUCUGGGACAUCUUAUUAUUCAAAUUAUGAUCAACGCCCUGAAACAAAGACCCGUCCGGGAAGGAACGAACGUGGGGCUUGGAAACCAUCAGGCCAGUCGAAUGGAGAUCAAUUUUAUUCCAAUUCAGGUAGGCAGCGAUCAAAUGAAACAUUUGGGAACUCAUUCCAGAACAGCCAUUCAGGAAGGAAUGGAUCUUGGCGUGCUAAUAGAUCGAAUUGGAGUGCUCCUGUAAGUUCUCAGCAUAAGAAUGUCAAACGACAAGAAGAAAUGGGUGAAAAUGGAUGCCCUAGGGGAGAUCGUCGUGAUGAAGUGACGUGCAAUGGCUUUGCAGGUGCCAGUUCUUACGCACCUGGCAACAGUUCUCGGGAGAGCUACUCUUCGGCACAAAAUUCGGAUGAAAGAUGCUGGUCUCCACAUCAGAACAAGUAUCGGAGUGAUUGCAAUCAAAAGCCUUCGCAGCAGUCUCGUGUGUAUUCAAAUUCAAGAUGGCCAAAUAGUGAUAAGUAUAAUCACCCACGGAGUGGAAAAGAAAGGUUCAUUCCUAAGGAUGAAGGAAAUAUUGAUUACGUCAAAAAUACUUUAAACUAUGUGGAUAACAGAUCAUCGGUAAAUACGAAAGAUAUGAAGAGUGGUCGUAUGCAGAAGUGUACAGUUAAUCAUGCAGACGACGUGGCGAGCCAGGCUGACCGCCUCAAGGACCAGCUGAUGAAGGGGGUGCUGGAGUGCCUGGUGUGCUGCGACCGUGUGCGCCAACACGACUCGGUGUGGAGCUGCUCCAACUGCUUCCACGUGCUGCACCUCAGGUGCACCACCAAGUGGGCCAGAUCCUCCAAGAUAGACUGCGGCUGGCGGUGCCCGGCGUGCCAGAACGUGACGGAGAGGGUGCCCAGCGAGUACUACUGCUUCUGCGGCAAGGUGCAGGAGCCCAAGUGGAACCGCCAGGACACCCCCCACUCAUGCGGGGAGAUGUGCGGCAAGUCGCGGGCCGACAAGCGCCCCGACUGCGCCCACCGCUGCACGCUGCUGUGUCACCCGGGGCCCUGCCCCCCGUGCCUCGCCCAGGUCAACAGAAACUGUGGAUGCGGCAAAAUCUCUAGAGUGGUGAAGUGUGGCGACAAACCGCUUCUUUGCGAUGCAGUCUGUGAGAAGGUGCUGAACUGUGGCGUUCACAAGUGCGAGAAGACAUGUCAUGUCGGAGAGUGUGGGAAUUGUGACCAGACAAUCAAGCAAGAGUGCCACUGCGGGAAGGAGCAGCAGGAGGUGACGUGCUGCCCGGCCUCGGUGGGGGUCCAGCGGUACAGCUGCGGCCAGGCCUGCGGCGGGCAGCUGGAGUGCGGGAACCACCGGUGCGAGGCGCCGUGCCACCCGGGGCCGUGCCGGCCCUGCAUGCUGGCCCCGGGCGCGGUGACGCACUGCCCCUGCGGCAAGACCCCGCUGGGCGGGGGCCGGGCCCGGGCCAGCUGCCUGGACCCCGUGCCCGUCUGCCAGCUGGCCUGCGGCAAGAAGCUCGCCUGCGGGCAGCCCAACAGCCCCCACAGGUGCGAGGAGCAGUGCCACAGCGGGGCGUGUCCUCCGUGCCCGGGCACCACGCUGGUGCGGUGUCGCUGCGGCAACAUGGACCGGGAGAUACCCUGCGUGGAGCUGGUGAGCCGUGCCGACGACGCGCGCUGCGAGAAGAAGUGCACCAAGAAGCGGGCGUGCGGCAAGCACCGGUGCAACCAGCUGUGCUGCAUCGACCUGGACCACGUCUGCCCCCUGGUGUGCAACCACCUGCUGAGCUGCGGCCAGCACCGCUGCGAGGAGCCGUGCCACCGAGGCCACUGCAAGCCGUGCUGGCGCUCCAGCUUCGAGGAGCUGUACUGCGAGUGCGGGGCCAGCGUGCUGUACCCGCCGGUGCCCUGCGGCACCAGGCCGCCCGCCUGCGACCGCCCCUGUCCCCGGGACCACCCCUGCGGACACCCGCCCCUCCACACCUGCCACAGCCAGCAGGCCUGCCCCCCGUGCACCGUGCUGACCCACAAGCACUGCUACGGCAAGCACGAGCUUCGCAAGACCAUCCCGUGCCACCAAGGAGAGUUCUCGUGCGGCCUGCCGUGCAACGCAGCCCUGCCGUGCGGCCGCCACCGCUGCGUGCUGCCGUGCCACGCGGGGCCUUGCCUGCGCGAGGGCCAGAAGUGCACCCAGCCGUGCACCGCGCCCCGCACCCUGUGUGGGCACCCCUGCUCCGCCCCCUGCCACGAGGGGCCCUGCCCCUCCACCCCCUGCAAGGAGAUGGUGAAGGUGACCUGCGAGUGCGGACAUCGCUCUACUGGCCGGGCGUGUUCCGACAAUGUGAAGGAGUACCAGCGAAUAGCGACGGCCAUGCUGGCUUCCAAGAUGGCUGACAUGCAGCUGGGGCUGUCGGUGGAUAUUGGGGACAUCCUGGGCAAUCCCAACACCCAGAAGAUGGCGCUCAAGACGCUGGAGUGCAGCGACGAGUGCAAGCUGAUAGAGCGCAACAGGCGCAUGGCCAUCGGGCUGCAGAUCCAGAACCCGGACCUGAGCGCCAAGCUGACGCCGCGCUACUCGGACUUCCUGCGCCAGUGGGGGAAGAAGGACCCGCAGUUCUGCAGCACGGUCCACGACAAGCUGACGGAGCUGGUGCAGCUGGCCAAGCAGUCUAAGCAGAAAAGUCGGAGCUACUCGUUCCAGCCAAUGAAUAGAGACAAGCGCCACUUUAUCCACGAGUACUGCGAACACUUUGGUUGCGAGUCUGUUGCGUAUGACCAGGAACCAAAAAGGAACAUCGUUGCCACUGCAGUGAAAGAUAAGUCGUGGCUGCCGAGCAUGAGUUUGCUGGAGUUCCUGCAAAGGGAGAGUGGCCAGCGAAAGAUCCCGAAGCCAGUGAUUGGUGCCAACAGGACACCAUCUCACAGAGCAAUGGAUGUCCUGCCCAUGAAGUAUUCGCAGGCACAAGCUUCAUCCUUGUACAAGAAGUAACGGAUGAGAAAAUACGGCUAGGUGAUAGUAUUUUUAAUGGUGCUGUAGCCUUUGUAUACGUAUUCUGAAAGCAUCCACUAUGAUCUUGGAUAGUUUGAUACUGCAUGUAAUAUGAUUAAAGAUUAUGAAAGAAAGAAAUACUCACCUGCGGUACCUGGCUCCCACCAAUAAAAUUAUGCAUUAAUUACCCUUGGUUUUGUUCAGUUUGUUGAUCAAGUGUGCCAGAAAUCAUUUCUUUAUCAAGUGAAGGAAGUUAUUUUUGGUAUAAUUUUGUGAAACAUUUUUAUUUGAUAAUUAAAUUUUUUGUCAUUUGUUAGUUAGUUUAAGUUUUGUUACAUGCAUUAAAUUUACAUUGUUUUUCUCUGUGUACUGCAAUAGAUAUAAUUUUGUUUGGAAGAGGCAUUGUUUGUAAUAAAAUGACUGCCAAAGUUGUAAUGAAUAAUAUUAUUGCUAUGGAAUGUGCCUCACAAAAGAUUAACAUCUGUAUACCAUUUUACAAUGGUUAGUUUAAAAUCUGAAAUGGGCAUUUUGAUGACCCAGUUGCAUAUAUUACAGGGUUUUGUUCGGUCUGUGAUGUACGGUACUGAUCAUGAAUAAAGUAUUGCUUUCAAGGUUUCAGAAGAAAA